AUGGCGAGAGCUAAAAUCAUCAAGAACUCAUUGAUAACUCUGGACCCAUCACUGUUCAUGCACUUGCUUUUAAUCUCUCCAUUCUGUUCACUCCUCUUCUCUCCCAAGAAGAGCCCAAGAACCCACCAUCUCUCUUCGUCACCAACCCUCUCUCUCUUCUUUCUCUCUCUACUCAUCUUCUUCACUUUCUUGGGAAUCUCCAUUCUCAGCUUCAUACCCAUCUCUCACAACUCACUACCCCUCUCUGUCCCUUCUCUCUCACCUUCUUCUUCAUUCCCUCCUCUGCUCUCAGCUUCUCUCUCUGCUAUGGUCUCCAACACUGAAAUUGAUGAGCCAACACUGUCAAACAGUGUGAUGGUGCCGUUGCCGGUCCACGGAGUCACCGGAAAUGUGUCCAAGGAGGAGAGAGAGUUUUGGAAGCAACCGGACGGAGAUGGGUACCGGCCGUGUUUGGAUUUCGGAAUUGAGUACAGACGAAAUUCGGCAAGGGUUUCGAAGGAGAAGAGGAGGUUCUUGGUGGUGGUGGUAUCAGGAGGACUGAAUCAACAGAGGAAUCAGAUAGUUGAUGCAGUUGUUAUUGCCAGAAUUCUUGAAGCUGCGCUGGUUGUGCCAAUUUUGCAGGUUAAUCACAUUUGGGGAGAUGACAGUGAAUUUUCCGACAUUUUUGACGUUGAACAUUUCAAGAAGACUUUACAAGCUGAUGUUCGAGUCGUAUCAUCUUUACCGUCCACUCAUUUGGUUUCAAGGCAAUCCAUUGAAACUCAGAUUCCAUUCCAUGCUCCUCCAUUUUGGAUUCGUGCCCGGUUCUUCAAACGACUAAAUGAAGAAGGUCUUCUAGUACUGAAAGGGUUAGAUUCUAAGCUCUCCAAGAAUCUUCCACCUGAUCUUCAGAAGCUUCGAUGUAAGGUAGCAUUCCAUGCACUAAGAUUUGCAGCGCCAAUUCGUGAGCUUGGGAAUCGGCUUGCUAAGAGGAUGUGGAUUGAAGGGCCAUACAUUGCCACUCAUAUGAGGUUAGAGAAGGAUGUGUGGGUCAGAACUGGAUGUCUUACUGGUUUAGGCCCCGAAUAUGAUGACAUUAUCAGGAGAGAUUGCGAGUCUCGGCCUGAAUAUCACACUGGAAGGUUGAACAUGAGCUACAUUCAGCGGCGGCUUGCUGGACUAUGUCCUCUCAAUGCACUAGAAGUGGCAAGAGUACUCAAGGCUCUAGGGGCACCCAAAAAUGCAAGAGUAUAUAUUGCAGGAGGAGAGCCAUUUGGGGGCACUCGAGCCCUACAACCGUUCGAGGCGGAAUUCCCAAAUUUAGUGACAAAGAAGAUGUUGGCUCGAGAUGGUGAGCUUACACCUUAUGCCAACAGGUCAUCUGUUUUAGCAGCCCUGGACUAUAUUGUCUCACUGAGCAGCGAGGUUUUUGUAUCCUCCCACGGUGGUAACAUGGGCCGAGCUAUGCAGGGUCACCGAGCAUAUGUGGGACAUAGGAAAUUUAUAAUGCCAAACAAGCGUGCGAUGCUUCCUUUCUUCGAAGAAGCAUUCAUUUCUCAUGAAGAAUUCAGCAGCAUCAUGAGGAAGCUGCACAGGAAAUCUCAGGGGCAGCCUGAGCUGAGGACUAACAAGAGAGAUCGGGAUGUGAUUGCGUAUCCAGUAUCUGAGUGCAUGUGUAAGUACUAAGCAAGACAAAACACAUUUGUAAUCAAUCAAAAGAGCUGACUGAGGCUUUUGUAAGCCGUUCGAGAGGAUUUGCCUAUUCUUCAAGGCCUCUCCUCGACUCUUGUAUGUG